AUGAUUGUUUAAGUAAUUUAAAUAUCAUAAAAUUAAGGUUAUUUAAUAUGAAAGGUCAANUAUAUAUUUUGGCAAAUUAUCAAAUGAAAAUUUUUAAAAUAAAUUAGACAUAAAUAAAUAACAAAUUAAAAAAUUGAUAGAUACUACAAUUAAUGAAUUAAAUUUUAAUAUAGACUAUAUAAAUCAACCAGAUAUUCAAAAACAUAAAGUUAUGGAUUAUGAUUUGUAAUAAUUUACUUUAGAGUCAAUCUUUUAGUAAUAACUUCCUUAUGAAUAUUGCGGGAAGCAUUUCGCUUAUAAAUCCUCAAUAUGUACUCACUCUGAAUGUUUAAAUUAAAAAAAUUUAACUUAUCAUUGUUUGAGAUGCAGCAAGAGCCUUCAUGUCGAACAUUUUCAAAAUGAUUAUUUAUUAGAGUACGAAUAAUUAAAAGAAUAACAAAAAGCAAAAUGUUAAUUUUUUUUAAAUGAAAAAUUAACAAUUUACGAAAAAUUUUAACAAUUAGUAAAUUAAUAAAUAUCUCAGUUAAGACAAGAGCAAAAGAAAUAAUAUUAAAGUUUUGAAAUAACAAUUGAAAAUAUUAAAAUUUUGGAAUAAUAAUUUCAAAAGAGUUUAUUUGUUUAGGAUAUUAAUUAUGUGUUUGGUGAUUUAUUAUUAAAUUUAAUUACUACAGAGGAAAAAGAAUUAAAUUAAUAACUUAAUAAUUAAUUCCAAACCUUUGUAGAAUAACUCUAACUCUGCAAAAUUUAAGAAAAACCUCUCUUUGUUGAGAAAUGUAAGAAUAUUUAAUCACAUGAAAAUGAGAUUUAAUAACUGAAGAAACAAAUAAGCGGAUUAUAAUAAGAAAUAAGUGAUAUGGAUUAAACUUUAGAUAAUUGUCAAUAAUACAUAUAAAAAUGUUGUAAUAAAUAACUUAAAAUACCAGAUAAUCAAAUACAACCAUAAAGAAAAAGAUACAAAUGA